CAGUGACAGGUGACGGCACGAAUUAAGCUUCCCGGAUCCCUUCUGACCAGGCUUCCUCAGCCUCGGACAGAGCCCAAGGACUCGGAUAGCCUGCCACAGGGAUACCCAGGGCCUCCCACCGCUGCCCAGCACUGGGGCAGGGCAAAACCCAGUGGCAAGGAGAUGGAGCUCCCCGGCUCCCCAUUCUUGUCAUCUCUGGAGCAGCAGCUUGGCCCAGGAGGUCACAAAUGAGGACAACAAGGUGGGGAGAGGUGACGGCAGCCUGCCCAGGUCACCCAGCUGCUCCGGGCUGCAAUCCUGGACUCCAUGAGGAAGCAGGAGGUGUGGACAGGCGGGGAGGCCAGCCAGGCCCACAGCACCGGCUCCCCAGCUGAGCAGGUGAAAGCCCUUGUGGACCUGCUGGCCUGGAAGGGCAGUCAGGGUGGUCAGACCCCUCAGGUUCCUGACAGGACACCGGACUCCCCACUGGGUCCUCGCAGCAAUGAUUCAAGGAUCCGGAGGUACCGCGAGGCCCUGCUGAGCAGGAUGGGAGGCGGCCCAGAGCCGAACGGCCCACCGCCCCGGCUGGCCAGCCUCCUGCUGGUGGAGGGCCUGACAGACCUGCAGCUGAGAGAGCACGACUUCACACAAGUGGAAGCCACACGUGGCCAGCAGCGCCCUGCUCGGCCCAUCGGGCUGGACAGGCUCUUCCUGCCUCUGUCCCGGGUGUCCAUUCCACCCCGAAUCUCCAUCACCGUUGGGGUGGCUGGCAUGGGGAAGACCACCCUGGUGAGGCACUUUGUCCGCCUCUGGGCCCAAGGGCAGGUGGGCAGGGACUUUCUGCUGGUACUGCCCUUGACCUUCCGGGAUCUCAACAUCCACGAGAAGCUAUCUGCCGACAGACUCCUCCGCUCAGUCUUCCCAAAUACUGGGGAGGCUGGCCUGGAUGUGGCCACCCAAGCCAGAGUCCUCCUGGUCCUGGAUGGCCUGGACGAGUGUAAAACACCUCUGGACUUCUCCAACACUGUGGCCUGCACAGACCCCAAGAAGGAGAUUCAGGUGGACCAUCUGAUCACCAACAUUGUCCGAGGCAACCUCUUUCCAAAAGUUUCUGUUUGGAUCACCUCCCGUCCCAGUGUGGCUGGCCAGAUCCCAGGGGGCCUGGUAGACCGGAUGACUGAGAUCCGAGGCUUCACUGAGGAGGAGAUCAAGGUGUGUUUGGAGCGGAUGUUCCCUGAGGAACAGACCCUCCUGGGCCAGGUCCUGAGCCAGGUGCAGGCCGACAGGGCCCUGUAUCUGAUGUGCACCGUCCCAGCCUUCUGCAAUCUCACGGGCGCAGCACUGGGCCACUUGUGUCGCAGCAGGCCAGCACUCCAUGACGCAGAGCUGUGGCCUCCACGGACCCUGUGUGAGCUCUACUGUUGGUACUUUCAAAUGGCCCUCAGCAGGGAAGGGCAGGAGAAGGGCAAGGUGAGCCCUCGGAUUGAGCAGGUAGCCCAUGGUGGUCGCAAGAUGGUGGGGACGCUGGGCCGGCUGGCCUUCCACGGGCUGGUCAAGAGGAAGUACGUGUUUUAUGAGCAAGACAUGAAGGCAUUUGGUGUGGACCUCACUCUGUUGCAGGGCGCCCUGUGUAGCUGCUUUCUGCAGCGGGAGGAGACGCUGGCCUCUUCGGUGGCUUACUGUUUCACCCACCUGUCCCUGCAGGAGUUUGUGGCAGCCGCGUAUUACUACAGCGCCUCCAGGAGGGCCAUCUUUGACCUAUUCACUGAGAGCGGCAUGUCCUGGCCCAGGCUGGGCUUCCUCACGCAUUUCAGGAGUGCAGCCCAACGGGCCAUGCAGGCCGAGGACGGGAGACUGGACGUGUUCCUGCGCUUCCUCUCUGGCCUCUUGUCUCCAAGGGUUAAUGCCCUGCUGGCUGGCUCCCUGCUGGCCCAGGGCGAGCACCAGAGCUACAGGGCCCAGGUGGCUGAGCUCCUGCAGGGGUGCCUGCACCGUGACACUGCAGUCUGUGCCCGUGCAGUCAAUGUCCUGCACUGCCUGAACGAGCUGCAGCACACGGAGCUGGUCCGCAGCAUGGCGGAGGCCAUGGAGAGUGGGGCCCUAGCCAGGCUAACCGGCCCUGCACACCGUGCUGCCCUGGCCUAUCUCCUGCAGGUGUCUGACACCUGUGCCCGGGAGGCCAACCUGUCCCUGUGCCUCAGCCAGGGUGUCCUCCAGAGCCUGCUGCCCCAGCUGCUCUACUGCCGGAGCCUCAGGCUGGAUACCAACCAGUUCCAGGACCCUGUGAUGGAGUUGCUGGGCAGCGUGCUGAGUGGGAAGGACUGUCGCAUUCAGAAGAUCAGCCUGGCUGAGAACCAGAUCAGUAACAAAGGGGCCAAAGCUCUGGCCAGAUCCCUCCUGGUCAACAGAAGUCUGACGGCUCUGGACCUCCGCAGUAACACCAUUGGACCACAGGGAGCCAAGGCGCUGGCUGAAGCUCUGAAGAUUAACCGCACUCUGACCUCUCUGAGCCUCCAGAGCAACAUGAUCAAGGAUGAUGGUGCCAGGUCCAUGGCAGAGGCCUUGGCCUCCAACCAGACCCUCUCCCUGCUGCACCUGCAGAAAAAUAGCAUUGGGCCCGCGGGAGCCCAGCGGAUGGCAGAAGCCUUGAGGCAGAACAGGAGUCUGAAGGAGCUCAUGUUCUCCAGUAACAGCAUUGGUGAUGGAGGUGCCAAGGCUUUAGCUGAGGCCCUAAAGGUGAACCAGGGCUUGGAGAGCCUGGACCUGCAGAGCAACUCCAUCAGUGAUGCGGGAGUGGCCAUGCUGAUGGAGGCCCUUGGUGUCAACCAGACCCUCCUCAGCCUCAACCUUCGAGAAAACUCCAUCAGUCCUGAGGGAGCCCAGGCCCUGGCUCAUGCUCUCUGCAUCAACAGCACUUUGAAACAUCUGGACCUGACAGCCAACCUCCUCCAUGACCAGGGUGCCCAGGCCAUUGCAGUAGCAGUGGGAAAAAACCACACCCUCAAGUCCCUUCACCUGCAGUGGAACUUCAUCCAGGCCAGUGCUGCCAGGGCCCUGGGACAAGCACUUCUGCUCAACAGCAGCCUGACCAGCUUAGACUUACAGGAGAACGCCAUUGGGGAUGAGGGAGCUUCUGCGGUGGCCAGUGCGCUAAAGGCAAACACAGCCCUCACUGCUCUCUACCUCCAGGUGGCCUCCAUUGGUGCACAAGGGGCCCAGGCGCUGGGGGAAGCCCUGGCUGUGAACAGAACGCUGGAGAUUCUUGACUUACGAGGAAAUGCCAUUGGAGUGGCAGGAGCGAAGGCCUUGGCCAGCUCACUGAAGAUUAACUCCAGUCUCCGAAGGCUUAAUCUUCAAGAGAACUCCUUGGGGAUGGAUGGGGCCAUAUGCAUUGCCAGUGCUCUGUCUGGGAACCAUGGGCUGCAGCACAUCAAUCUCCAGGGAAAUCAAGUUGGGGACUCUGGUGCCAGGAUGAUCUCAGAAGCUAUCAAGACCAAAGCUCCCUCAUGCACUGUGAAGAUGUGAGCAAAGCCAGUCACUGGUGGAGAGGAUGGACAGAUUCCAGAGAAUGAAAGCUUCUGAACAGAAAGUGAUCUCUGGUCACAAUCCUGCAUUCUGGGAAUGCUGCUGACCCAGUACAAGAGCUGGUCUCCUGCACAGAGGAAAAAAGGGUGCUACAAAGGAGGUCUCAGGCACCUUUUCCUAGUCCAGGGCAAGUCCUGACGAUGGUGGAUGGAAAUUCUGCAAUGGCAGAGAGAAGGAGCUGCUACCAAGGGACUUGAGGACAAAAGUCUCAAAGUUCAUCAAUGUAGGGAGUUGGUUCCACGUUAUUUAUAUCCAAAGUAUUUAAAAGUUCCAACUUUGAACAAAUUUAGCUGGGUACAGUAGUAUAAUCUUGUAAUCCCAGCUAAUUGGGAGGCUAAGGAAGGAGGAUGGCAAGUUUGAGGCCAGCCUGGGCAAGUCAGCAAG